UCGAAGCUCGGAUCGGCCGUCCUUCGGAAUCGCGUGUGUGUGUGUGUGUGCUCGUGCCGAGCCUCUCUUUGCUCUUCCGAAAAUCGCUCUCGUAAAAGUUGUUAGUCGCGCUCUCUUUGAAAAGGCAAACAAACGCUUGUCCGAGGCGACGACGACGCGCGGAAAUCCGCGAGAAUCAUAAAAUCACUCGCGUUUUGUGCGUGGGUAAUUAAUGUACGCGCGCGGAUCGAUAAUUAUCUUCGAUUCUCUCGUCGGCACGAGUGUUUGUGUAUCAUCGGCAUCGGCGACGCACCUGUCAGUGCGAAAAACAUCUGAAAAUAACCCAAAAGUGCGCGAGUCGAGUUUCGUAACGACAAUCGUGUGCAGCGAGUUUAAUCUUUUCUUCUUCUUCUUUUUUUUAAUCAAAAGAGUCGCGUCAGGACACAUAUACGAAAGCGGCGAUGCGAUCUUUCACGAGUCCAAAAGAAAGAAGAGAGCCUCGUGGACGCGCUCAAUAAAUUAUGAACGAGCUGCAGCUUGGGUCGAUCCAAAAGCCUUAAGCAGGCCCUAAAUAUUAAUCGCGAAAGGGUUUAAUAGCGCGCCGCGCGCUCAGUCAUGUGGUCUUUUCAAUGCGGCCGCAUAAUAGCAGCAGGCCGGCCGAUGAGUAUCGUCGUUCUGCUGCUUCUUUGGCUCGCGACUAGUCUCACUCAAAGGGCCUCCUGCCAGCAGCAGCAGCAGCGGUUCAAGUGCUGCGAGCUCGGGGAGCUGCUGGUCCGCGAUAACGACACGGCCAGCCUCAACUGCAGCGCCAGCAGCGAUUACAGCCCCGUCGUCGGCCGUAGGCUAGUCACUCGCCUCGCGGCCAAUCUCAAGGACGAGGAAAGUUUUGGCUCGUGGCCCCCGUGCAGCAACGAGAGCGAGUACCCUAUAGCAACUCGGCUGCUGGUCGAGGACGACAAUUACACACGGUCGGAGGAGGAAGGAAUCGCGUGCCUGGACGAGCUCUACCUGCCCGCCAGCAACGAGAUCGUCGUCGUCUCGGUGCGAUGCUCCAAUGGGACCGACGAUUCGUCGCCGGAGGAUAGAAUCGACGACUCGGUCGAUCCAUCGUCUUCGUCGUCUUCCGAGGACGCUCCGCAAAAAUCACUGGAAAUUCGCAAGUGUUGCCCGGACGGCCAGUACUACGACUACGAGGCCAAGUAUUGCAUCGACGACGACGCAGCCGGCGACGAGUUGUCGCGACUGCUCUUCAAUCGCAGCUCGAGCUUGGACCACUUCUACGCGGCGUACGAGAAGCCGCUCUGCGAAGGCGCCUUGGUCGAUUAUCGCUUCGACUCCACCGCGGCUCUCCUCUACGACGGAGCUAAUUUUAAGAUCAAGGUGCCGAGGGUCGACCGUAACGCCAGCGAGGACGUCGUCUACCUCGGCAAUAAUCCGGACGUCUGCAUCGACGUACGAGGUAAUGGCGACGACGAAGAAGAAGAAGAAGUCGAAGGAAGAGGAUACGCCAGGAUGGUGGCCAGACUCUGCCGGAGCACCGACUACUGCCGGCAUAGGCAGUGCUUCAGGAAGUGCUGCGGCAGCGAGGACGCCAUCUACGACGGCACCUGCGACUCGACCGGUCCGCGACACUUCCAGCAGUUUCGCGAGCAGCUCCACCGGCUUCUCGGCAAUCUCAGCUACGACACCAGCUCUUACGGCCUGCUCAUGAUGCCCAAGUGCGAGUACGGCGGCUACUUCGGCGAGCUCGAGACUCUCCGCCAAAUGAAACCCGACGGCCGCCUGGAAUUCGAGCGGGACGACGACGGCGACGAACCCCCGAUCGUGUUCGACUGGCGCAGCUACUGCGUCGAGCUGAUACGCGACCAGCAGCCCGUCCUGAACCUGGCCGACGGUCUGCAGGUGGCCUUCUGCUUCGAUCGCGACACGGUGCUGCAGGGCUACGACCCGCUCGGCUUUCGCAUGGCCUACAUCGGCUAUCUGCUCGGAGUGAGCGCCUUCUUUCUCCUGCUGACGCUGCUCGUCUACGCCUGCCUGCCGAUGCUGCACGGCAACAUACACGGCCGCGUCAUCAUGGCCUACGUAUUCACCCUGUUCGUCAUGUACUGCCUGCUGGGCGCCUCCAAGUUUCCCCAGUACGCCGUGGACGACAAGACCGAGGAGGCCAUUCGCGAGUACUAUUGUCAAGCUUUGGCCUUCACCAUGUACUACUUCGUGAUCUCUGGAUUCCUCUGGAUGAACGUCACCUGCUUCGACAUCUGGUGGACCUUCGGGAGCCUGAAAAACAGCGAGGCAGGACUGACGGCCUCGAUGAAGAAUCGCCGACGCAGGACUCGGCUGCUGCUCUACUGUCUGUACGGCUGGGGCCUGCCGCUGCUGUUCACCGGCACCCUGGCCGCGUGCGUCUACGGCGACCUCGAGCCGAUCAGCAGUCGCAAUUCCGUCGGCAAAUCUCGCUGUUGGUUCAGCAGAUACUCGUGGGACGAGAAGUAUUUCUACUGGCUGCCCUGCUCCUUCACCAUCUUGCUCAACGUCUACUUCUUCCUCACGACCACCUAUCGUUACAACAAAGUCAAGGCCGACAUACAGUCGGCCAUGUCGGACGUGCGCGAGAAGAGGACGAGAAAGCUCAACUCCGCCAGAGUCAAGCUGCUGAUGAACUUUAAGCUGUUCGUCAUCAUGGGCGUGCUCUUCUGCAUGGAGAUGGUCUCGGACUUUCUGGAGAACAUCCCGGAGCUCGCUUACGACACGUGGUUCCGCUACGCCCUCCUGCUGACCGACACCCUCAACGGCCUGCAGGGCCUCUGGGUCUUCUGCCUGUUCGUGCUCAAGGCCAAGGUGCUGCGUGCCCUGGCCACGAGGCUCGGCUGCGGUGGGGCCGUCGCUGCCGCCCGUCGUCGUCGUCGCGGUCCCAACGGGGCCCGGGGCCGCGUCAACACGGCCUACUUCAGUCGCACCACCAGCACCAGCCUCGCCGCCACGAGCAGCAGCAGCAACGGCCAGAACGGCGGCGGUCUCGUGCGCUCGACCAUCGACGGCGUGCUGAGGCGAUUCUCGAGCGCGAGCAGCCUCAACUCGGCCACGUCCGUCACCGGCUCGUCGUCUCUCAAGCCCUGAGCUUUUUUUUUUUUUUUUUUUUUCAUAAAACGUAUUAUUGUUAUCGUCGUAACUGCGCGGCGCCACGAUCGAGUAAUUUUGCCACAUCCAUUACCGUGUGUGUACUCGUAUAUAAUAAAUAUGCGGAAUCGUGUCGAGUGCUCGCGCGCGCGCGAGAUAUAAUAAAAUACGGUACGUACGCGUCGAGCUUGCAAAGUGAUUAUUAGCCGCGAAAUUGAACGGUGCGCGCAAGCCAACGUUCGGCAUUUAAUAAAUAUACACGGUACGUACGCACGUAUACGCGCGCGCGCGCGAUUUGCGCUUCUGCACGCGCAGUUAUUACUCGGCGCGUUGUAUAUGUGUGCGAUGUGUAGCGAGAGAGAUAUAUCUGCAUGUGCGCGGGGGGACACCCCCCGGCCCGAUGAAUUAUGUAGCGCGGCACAUUCGCGAGAGAGAGAGAGAGAGAGAUUCGAGGCUGCUGCUGCUGUUGCUGCCCGAUCGAUUCGGCUGUUUCAAUGAAUCGAAAAAUUGUACUCGAAAACUCCGCGCGACGAGUUGAUUUUUUUUUUUUACCCGCGAAAAUCGUGAUGCUGUGUAUAGGAGAUUCGUUCCUCAAGCUUGCAAGCGCGCGACAAUAGCCGCGCUAGCUGGGAUGAGCCCAUUAAAAAGUUUUUUUUUUUUUUUUUAAUGCAAUGUACACUCAUCCAUCGGCGAUCGAGCUGUCUAUUUUAACUCGCUCGCGUGUCAUCGAGCGCAAACUUUUUUUUUGUCAUUCUGUAUAAUACUAAUAAAUACUCACACGAUCUAUAUAGGGCGAAGUACUUUUUUUUCGCGCAUCCAAUUAGGCAGUGGCGAUCCCUGGGAAAAUUCGCUAAGCGAUAUCAAACGCUGCAGCAGCCGCGUAAAUGGAGCGAAAUGCCAUAAUCCGAUCAAUCGGUUAUAUUCCCGAAUAUAUAAUACUUUUCGGCUUCGAUUCUCUCACUCUCCGAUACAUAUAUCGCCUCUCGAUAUAAUGGAGUUUUUCACCUCGUUAUUGUUAUAUAUAGCGGUCGUUCGUCGCAGAUGGCAUUAUUGCAGCCAUACGAUAUCGCAUAUAUACCGUUCUUUCUCUUGGCCGUUUUGAUUAUUCAACGUUGUAGCAUUAAAUUAUAUGCACUUUAUAGAAACGCGGACUGCGAUACAUAAUCCGCUUGUUCCUUUUUUAGUAAUACGUUAUGUAUUGAUUGUUUAAUCGAGCCGUUGACUCGUAGUAUAAGUGUGUACAGAGGCGCCCCGAUAUCGUAUGUAACAACGACCGUCGAUAUUUUUGUUAUUUUUUUCCUUUUGACGCGAGAUCAAUGUAUCGAAUGCAGUUUUUCAUUCACGAUAGAUAUCACAUAUGUUUUAAGGGUAGUGUAAUGAUUUAAUUUACGCUUUUUACAACUAUGUAUAAGUCAUUAAUUGUAAUUAUCUUUCUUCUUUUUGCUUGUAUUUUAUACACGUUUCGACUAUCUAACAUUCAUAAAUAUAUUUUUUAUGUAUAUAAUAUUAUCUGUAAAGAGUAACAAUUAUUUAUAAUCUUAUAUAGCAGGCUAAAAAGUACACAUGUAUGUCUCGCCCCCAUACGAGCGAGCUGUUAAAUACAUAAACUAUACAUUUGUAUACAGAACGAAGUUGAAUACAAAAAUCUUCAACGAAGACAGACGCGCACACGCAUACACACGUUUUUAAAAUGCAACCGACAAUCUCAAUCUCUCGAUCGUUUUCACUCUCCCUAUUUUUCAUCCCCUUUCUCGCGCGCGAUUCAUUUGUGGUAUGCAAUGAAAAAAAAAAAAAAAAAAAA